AUGUCGCCGUGCAGCAGAAGCCUCAGCAGCAGCAGGGGUGGAGCACGAGCUACCAGGCAGGGUCCUCCGGCCCGUCCCGGUACCCCGCAGCAAGCCCCUGCUUCGGCUGGUCCAGGAAGUGCAAGGCAGAGCAGUCCGGCAAUGCUUCAACGGAGACCAUUCACUCGUUCACGAUCACCUGCAGUUAAUGCCGACCAAAAUGGGUUCUCGUUCUCUAACCAGAUGUCAAUGCCAGGGAACAGCCCGUCCUCCAUCUUCAGUCGUCAGAAGAUCGCUCAGUUUGAGAUACGCCAUCUCUUGCCGAGCUUUGUUCACGCUACAUUCCGACCUCCGUUUUCGUCGACCAGUUGGAAGCUUACCCUUGACUUACGGCAAACGUUCGAAACCUCCUUGCUGAUCUGCUCUCUUGGAUACUGCGCCACCAAAAUGCGGGGAUGUUUGUCGCCAGAGAUGUGGAUCUCAAUAGAGCUUGCACUUCUCAUCAUUGCAUCUAUGAUUUAUUUCUGCGUCACUCGCAUCUAUUGGAACAAAUUACCGCCAAGUGAUGAGACGACCACAAAACAGACUAAUCCCCAGGACACGCCUGCAUCGCCUGGCCUUGUUGUCCGUGACAACAGACGCACUUCGAACCUUAUUCCAAAUGCGGCGUCGAGGGGAAGCUACUUCGGCUUCGUGUGGAUGACGGUGCCGAAAAACUAUAGGGACUCUGCAGACGACGGCAUGUUAUUUGGCCUGUUGACGGGACCGCUGAUGUCCGCAGCCUUGCUGUAUCUCUCCGAGAAGGCUGCUGCCGCAACCCCGCCGUUGGAUCCGCUCCCGCAGAGCUGGAUCAUCGAACAGCCCAAGGUUCUGGACGGGUCCAAUCAUCCUCUCACGGCGCUGCAGGCACUCGUCCUGUCUCGGAGAAACCUGGUAGACAUGGCGACGGUGUGCUCGACCAUCAUUAUCGUCCAUGUGAUCGCAUCCUGGAUGACAGAACGCCGCCAUCGCCGCAAGCUGAAGGUUCCGAGGGCGAAUCGAAGGACAUAUCUCUCCAUUCUGUUCACGGUGUCCGUGAGUCUAUGGGUGUUGUGUGUGCGAAUCGCCCUGUCCGAGAUGAGACUGGGAAUAUGGCAAAUGGUGUGUUUUGGCGCCACCGUGCUCUUAAUGGAAGCGUUGAGCCUCACUAUCGCCCGUAUCUCGCCCAUUACCACGUCAUUUAUCAAGACCUACCGUCUUCCCACCCCACUUCUCAUCUACCAAAUAGCCCUCAUUCCCGGCUCGCUUCUCGUCGGCGUUCUGCUCUCCCCACUACUCUACCUCUCGCGCCACAUCGCCCAGCAGCCCGUCCGCCGACUUCGCUACCCCGAGCAAAAGCAGAAGCACCGCAGGCUACUCGCGCUCGGCUUCUAUGCAGGCGCGGUGUUGAUCGUGGGUGGCCUCAUUGGCCUCUGGACCCGCUGGCUUCUGGGCAGCCGAGACCCGUGGCUCUGGGCGCUCUUCUGGAUUCUCGAAGGCAAGACGAAGUGGAGCCGGCCGGCUCUCCUGGCGUACUGGGCGGCUUUGGGAAGUAUCAGUGUAGCGGGGUGGAGUAGGCAGCUCGCGCGGUCAAGACGGUAUCGCCACAGAAACGUCGUCAACGCCGCGGGAGAGUUCGUGCUGAAUCACCACGGUAGCUUCGACGGCGGGGUCCGCGGGAUGAACGCGGGCCAACGUGAAGGCGGCGCUGUAGAGUUUAGCGACCCCAGUGCGCCACCGACGCCACCGCCGGAGUCAGCGGGUCCGCUGGGCUUGAGCUUUUCGAACCUCCCGAACUUGUCGAACCUGUCGGGAUUGCCGAAUGGGGCGAAUAUGUCGAAUGUUGCGGAUUGGCUUGACGCAGCGGACAAACACGUACCGACGUUGAGCGUGAACGCGCGGCGCAAGUUCUUCCAUGCACUGGCUGUGGCGAUGUUUCUACCAGGCAUAGCGAUCGAUCCAGCAUUCACACACUUGGCGUUCAGCGCGGCCUUUGCGCUGUUCGUCUUUGCGGAGUACUUCCUCGACCAGAAGGACAGUGGCACGGCCAUUCUCAGCCACUUUUACCUCCUGAUCGGGUGUGCGGGCACGGCCGUCUCGAUGCUCCAGUAUACUGGUACGUUGGUGCUUGGAGUGGGCGAUGCUCUGGCUUCGAUCGCCGGCAAACGGCUGGGGCGGCAUCGCUGGCUGGCCACGAGCCCGAAAACAUUGGAGGGGAGUGCUGCAUUCGUGGUUUCCAUCGUUGCGUGCGCGUGGAUGCUGCGCCUGUGCGGGCUUUCGGAGCACUUUUCGAUACUGCGCUACUCGGUGGUCGCUGGGCUAUCUUCUGCUCUGGAGGCGUUCUCGGUGCAGAACGACAAUGUGCUGCUGCCCCUGUAUAUGUGGAGCAUGCUUGUAUUUGCGGACGUGUAG